AUGAGUUCCCUGGUAGCUGACCUCGGUGAGAAACCGGAACCAUUGUGCCAAAUCAUUACGCCAAUCGGCAUGCUUGGCUAUGGACUCAACACAGCAGAUAUUGAAAGGGGCAUAGAAAUUUCUCAAGAAACAGACGCUCCAACAGCGAUCAUUCUCGACUCCGGGUCGACCGACUCAGGUCCCUCCAAGCUAGCCCUUGGCUCUAUGACUUGUCCCCGAUCGUCGUAUGAAAGAGACCUGAAACAGCUCCUCCACGCUGUCCAGACUCACCACGUGCCACUGUUGAUCAGCUCGGCCGGAGGUGAUGGCAGUGAUGCACACGUCAAGGAGUUUCUUGAUAUAAUCGGGGAAAUUCUGGCCUCGCCUGAGCAAGGUAGCGAAUCGAGGAGCUUGAAGGUUAUCGCUAUCUACAGCCAGGCUAGUCCUGAACUGCUCACUCAAAGACUAGAAGCCGGCAAAGUUACUGGCUGUGGUCCAAGUGUACCUACUCUAACAGUAGAAACGAUAAAGGAGACCCCCACCAUCGUUGGCCAAAUCGGCCCGGAGCCAUUUGUGCAGGCCAUGGCCGCUCACCCCGACUUUGACGUUGUCAUUUCUGGACGAGCCUACGACCCAAGUCCGUACGUGGCUUUUUGUGCAUUUCAUGCAUUCGGUCAAUCGUACGGCUCUUUUCUCACGCUCGACCCCACUGUUCUGGGUGGUUUCACCCACAUGGGCAAAACCAUGGAAUGCGGAGGGCUAUGUGCGACUCCGAAGAGCGCAGCCUCAAUGGCAACCACCUUCCGCGAUGGGUCUUUUGAAAUUCGCGCAUUAUCUGAUGAUUCACGAUGCACUCCUCAAUCUGUCGCUGCACACGCUCUGUACGAGCAUUCUCGUCCAGAUGUUUUAUAUGGCCCCGGAGGCGGUCUCGACCUUACCUCUGCGACGUAUGAGCAACUAGCAGACGGCGUCACCGUCAGAUCUCGUGGCGCCAUAUUUAAAUCAUCAAGAGAAGACGGGCGUCCAUACACGAUAAAAUUCGAGGGAGCUAGAAUGGUUGGCUACCGCACCAUCUUCAUGGGAUCAUUCUGUGAUCCAAUCUUAAUUGGCCAACUCCCAAAGCUUCUCAAGGCUGUUAAAGCAUAUGUUGCUCAGAAGCACGCCCGCCUCCAGGAUACGUGCUCUCUGGACUUUCAUAUCUAUGGAUUUGACGAAAAAGCACAGCAACAAGGCACACAGGGUGAGGUUUUCAUUGUCGGAGAAGCACUCGCCGCAACACAAGAGCUUGCAACAAGCAUGGCCUCGACUGCGCGAGUUGGAUGUGUCCAUGGCCCUUAUAAAGGCCAGAAAGCGACAGGCGGCAACUUCGGCAUGGGUAUCGGUGGUCAGGGAGAAAUUGAGACCGGUCCAUGCGCCGAAUUCACGCUUUAUCAUAUUGUAGACCUCGAAGACGGAGAGGAAGAGGCAACUAGCCUUGAGCAGAAGUCUAAUGGGUCAGAAGAUAAUAAUGCAAAGGGCAAAAAGGGUUUUAUCACAUGGGAAACGCGCUUAAUAGGGAAUGGUCCCCGUAUUGACCACACUCAGCCUCGGCAAUUGAAGUCGACGAAAGAAAAUAUCAACGGCACAACUCAACAAGCUGCUGUCCCACCUGCUCUUCCACCUCCUGUCUCUUUAGAUGCUCCUUGCACUCUUGCUGACAUCGCCCAAGUCGUUCGAUCCAAAACUGCCGGCCCCUUCGAGAUCACGCUGGAUGUGAUUUUCGACAAUGUGUCAAUUUACGAACAGGUCAAGCAGCUGAACAUUCUUACUCCCCAGCGGAUUGCGGAGUUGUACGAUAUUGCCGUCGAGGAUAUCGUUUGGUGUGGCUUCUUCGAUGGAGCACUGGCUUUCAAGGCCACCCUCCCCCGACGCAGAAAUGGACAAGCAAAAUCAGCAGGGGGUUACAUGGAAAAUGAUGUCCAUGGAUCACAGAAGCAUCUGCCUUUAUUAACUUUACACAUUGAUCCACAAGCAUCUAAGGAGGCAUCGGAAUCAUAG